AUGUUAAAUGCUGAUGGGACAUUUCUGCCAUAUGGCACCCCUCCGACUCCUGUGCCAUUGAAGGCUCCUAAUGAUUGGAGCCCAUAUCGCAAUAGGAUCAAAUUUGAGGCAGCAGAGUUCGCAUUCAAAAAAUGUCAUAUGUCGGCGAGAAAUUUGGAUUUCUUGUGUGACCUAAUGGCCACGACUCUCGCGAAACACCACAACACCCCUCCAUUUGCUGAUCACAAAGAUCUGCACAAUGUCAUAGAUGUGACGCAGCUUGCUGACGUCCCUUGGCAGUGUUUCUCUGUUCAAUACUCAGGAGAACGACCUGAGGUUGUCCCACCGUGGAUGGACAAUGAAUUCAAGGUCUGGUAUAGGGACCCCCGUGCAAUUGCGCACAAUAUCAUUGCUAACCCUCACUACAAGGAUGAAAUUGACUAUGUACUAUUUCAUGAAUAUGAUGCAUCGGACAACACACACCGAUGGAAAGAUUUCAUGUCUGGAGACUGGGCAUGGCAACAAGCAGUACAUCUUCCAUCUCUUUCUGGUAUCACUCGUAAUAUAGCUAAUAUUUCAUCAAGGACACCAUAUCGCAAGAUCCAGAAACACAUGGAUCCGCUUUGGUCCCAAUUAUUCUCGGUAGUGACAAAUCAUAGUUAUGAGUACUUGCACUACUAA